AGACAUUGGAACUAGUGGCUAGCUCUUAUCACUGUCACAACUACUCCGCUUGACUUGUGAUUUAGCCUUUCGACUAGCCACGAUAUACUUAGAUUUUUAUCGGCGUUGACAUCCAAUGGACACUCUUUUUCUGCAGUUCGCUCCGAGGAUGUCAAUCUAACCCUGCCUGCCGGAACUCAGGUAUUUAAUUUACCUAACUUCUAGCUGGUGGACCACUCUCGAACAGAUGAUAAGGCCGUGUGACCCAAUCUUGGAUUUCGCCUGUGCGUCUACCGAGUACAUGAAUAUACUUUUACACCACCAUAAAUGCAACAGCAUCCCGCUAUCGCGUGCGACAACAACAGAAAGACCCUCUUCAUUUCUACUAUCUCAAAAAGGCAGCAGAUGGCAUCAGAACAUUCAACCCAUAAUCCCAUACCUUGGGAUCAUGCCUUGUCGAUCACUCCGUCUGUCACUGAGAGACGAGGUGCGCGGUUUGGACAAGCUGAAAACAUGACCGAGCCAUUGUCAGUUUUAGCAUUAUAUUCUACAUCGGGCUACUAUGUCGACAUUAGAGUGGCAAAGGCAGACGAUCAGAAUACUUUAGACCUUACAAAAUCCAAUUUUGACACUCCACUUUCCAAUGAUUUGGAAUGGGCUUUCGCAGGAAAGGUCGAAAUCCGUCUCCUGGAUCAGCAAGAUACCAAACCGAUCAGUCGAGCCCAUGCGCGUGCUAGAUGGACCCGAAUAAUCGAUAGUCAACUGAAAUAUCUCCCGGAUGAAGCCGACGAAGCCGAUCUUACUGUCCAGCCAGAUAGAAGUAUCUUGGAAGCUGGGGUUUUCCCUAAUCCUACUACUGGAGAGGAGGAACCCUUUGAGGAAAUCUGGCAACUUGUUCCACCGCUACCUUCAAUAGAUAACUGCAUCGUUUUGAAGACAGACCAUCAGGAUCCCCAAAUCCGUGGACUUGUGGUACGGGUUGGGCAAUGGUGCCAGGGGAUCCUGUAUCUCUCGAAAGACGACAAGGUUGUGGAGCGGUGGCACUUGGAGGUGACUGGGAAUUUGGUACGAGAUGUACGGUUCGGUGAAUCUACGGUAUCUUUACCUUGUACAAACAGCUUUACGCACCUGGAAGUAGGUGGGAGUAUUGAACUGGACGGUAUUAACUGGGUGGUUGUGGAGUGAUGGGUGGCAGGGAUCAGAGUUCUGGACGAGCAGACAGUUUUCACGGGAGAUAAGCUGCGGACAUUUUAUCCAAUAACAUCCGUCCAUCUGAAAACACUUGAUUGUUUUACCCCAGGUUUCGUAGACGAAACUUUGAUCCGUAGGCUACACUUUCCCUUUUAGGACUAGUUAAUUUUUUUAUGUAUGGACCCAUCUCUAUCAAUGAUCCUGCUGAGAAAUAUCAGCUCUAUAUUACUC